CAUUUGCUUCUUCUGCAUUAAACACGAGGUAACAGCACGUACAUGCGUGAAAGCUGGAGACGGGGACGGUCACCCACUGGUGACGCAGCCACCCGAGAGGUCUAAAUCAGUCGUAGCUCACUCAGCGAUCACCGUGCAGCAGCGCAAUACGAGGAAGUGCGCGUGCCCGUGAGCCGGUGCGUUUCUCUUCAUUUCCUGAAUCCCGCUCCUGAGAUUCGCAACGACAUGGGAGGCCCACGGACUCCAACCAAGUGAGGAGAAACUGGGAAAUGAGGCGCGGAGAUCAGUUCCAUACCUUUGCGGUCUGACGUCUUCCACCAAUGGGCUGAGGCCGUCGGCGGGGCCAGGAUGAGUGCAGACCUGCUGUUGGAGGAGAUGCUAAUCAAGCGUUCGCAGCAGAAGAAGAGGACGUCGCCGCUGAACUACAAGGAGAGGCUGUUCGUCCUCACCAAGAGCCGGCUGACAUAUUACGAUGGAAGAGCUGAGAAGAAGUUCAAGAGGGGCUCCAUCGAAGUGAGUCGCAUCAGAUGUGUGGAGAUUGUCAAGAAUGGAGGAGGGGUCAUCCCCUGCCAGAACAAAUACCCCUUUCAGGUGGUGUACGAUACCAACACCCUCUAUGUAUUUGCUCCAAGUCAUGAAAGCAGAAGUCGAUGGGUCCAGAGCCUCAAAGAAGAGAUCAAAGACAACGCAGAGGUCUUGGUGAAGUUUCACCCUCAGUUCUGGCAGGAUGGGUUGUGGCUCUGCUGCCGCCAGGCAGAAAAACAAGCACUGGGGUGCGAGCAGUACAACCCGUUAGAAGACAUUUCCAGAAAACCUCUACCCCCGAUUCCUGGAGAGAAGUGUAAAAAAGAGAAGCGUCGGACUCCUCCUCCUGCCCCCCCGACCCCCGAAGAUGAUGAGGAAGACGAUGAGGAGGCUGAGGAAGAGGAGGUGGUCGUGGCUAUGUAUGACUUCCCCGGCAUGGAGCCUCAUGAUCUGAGUCUGGUGAAAGGGGAAGAGUAUGUCAUCGUGGAUAAGUGUGACGUCAACUGGUACAGGGCACGCAACAAGUAUAAUGAGGAAGGAUACAUUCCAAGUAACUAUGUAACUGAGAAAAAAUCCGGAAACUUGGUCCAAUAUGUCUGGUACAGUAAAAAUGUCAACAGGAAUAAAGCUGAGGAGCUACUGAGGAAGGAGGAUAAAGAAGGAGCCUUCAUUAUUAGAAACUCCAGCACCCCAGGAACCUACACUGUUUCGCUCUACACCAAGUCUUCAGGGGAUGGAGGUGCAGCUAUUAAACAUUACCACAUCAAGGAGACACAAACCCUACCAAAACACUUCUACCUGGCUGAGAAACACCUCUUCAGCUCCAUCCCAGACCUGAUCGAAUACCACAAACAUAAUGCAGCAGGUCUUGUAGCCAGGUUGAGAUAUCCUGUUGGAAAACAAGACAAAUCAGCUCCAUCCACUGCUGGCUUCAGCUAUGAAAAGUGGGAGAUUGACCCCAAUGAACUAACCUUCAUGAAGGAGCUGGGCUGCGGUCAGUUUGGAGUAGUGAGGCUCGGCAAGUGGAGAGCUCAACACAAAGUGGCCAUCAAGGCGUUAAAGGAGGGAGCCAUGUAUGAGGAAGACUUCAUUGAGGAGGCCAAGGUUAUGAUGAAACUGUCCCACCCCAAACUGGUACAGUUGUAUGGGGUGUGCAGCCAGCAGCGGCCAAUCUACAUUGUCACGGAGUUCAUGGAGCAGGGCUGCCUGUUGAACUACCUCAGGCAGCGGCGGGGCAGCUUUAACCAGGGGUGCUUGCUGAGUAUCUGUUUGGAUGUCUGCGAGGGCAUGGCACACCUGGAAGCCAAUGGCUUCAUCCACAGGGACUUGGCAGCCAGAAACUGUCUGGUAAACGACUCUCUAGUGGUGAAAGUGUCUGACUUUGGCAUGACCAGAUACGUGUUAGAUGAUCAGUACACCAGCUCAUCAGGCGCCAAGUUCCCUGUGAAGUGGUCACCUCCUGAAGUCUUUAACUUUUGCAAAUACAGCAGCAAGUCGGACGUCUGGUCAUACGGUGUGUUGAUGUGGGAGGUCUUCACAGAGGGUCGGAUGCCAUUUGAGCAAAGCCCCAACCAUGAGGUGGUGACAUUAGUUACACAGGGUCAUCGCCUGUACAGGCCCAAAAUGGCCAAGCCUGCCAUCUAUGACACCAUGCAGAUGUGUUGGUAUGAGAGGACAGAGGACCGUCCCUCAUUCGCCAAUCUUUGCGUAAUGAUCUCCGAAGCUCUGGAGGACGACGAGGCAACUCCAAACUGACCAAUCAGCUGCUCACACCCUCCAUGGCUGCCAUUCAGGAGCCACAUCUAAAAUGCCAUGCAAUGGGGCUUUAUUGUGAUUGGAAUGGACCGAUGAACUAAAUGGGGAGGAAGGACCAAUCGUACCAGUUCUAAACUCAUUCUCCGCUCACUAAAUCACAUCAGCUCACAGCCAUGAAGACCUGCACCAGCAGUACUAAAGACAAAAGUUCACAUCACAUGUUGGUGGUAUUUCAAGAUGACUCACAGGGAUGAACUGACAGCAACAAUGAAGACACAUAACGACAGGCUCUGCAUGUACGAUGCAUUAUUUGCUGACAUGUUUCCUCCCACUCAGACACGAACAGGAAGCCGUUUGGUCAGAGACCUGUCAGCAAGAAAAAGCCACUGAAAGUUUUUUUUUUUCAAGCUCAAGUUUCCAUUAACUUUAUACUCAUUUGUGUUGCUCUGAAAUCCAUCAGGUCUACAGCAACCCAUCUAGUGUCAAUGUUGGGUUUGUUCUGACCCAUGCUAAAUAAACAAACUUUUCAAAUAGUGAAUCUCAUUAUAUUUGUUCUGGUAUAAGCUUUUCCAUUGUUUCCUAAAUAAAAUAGUGGAUUCUAAUGAAACCCUGACCCUAACAGUAGAGGGGUCACCAUUGAACUAACCUUUUAAAGUCAAAAUAUGGAACGUUUGCUUUAUAAAAACUGCUCUCCCAAGUCUUUGAAAUUCAAAUCACAGGAUUGUGUUUCGUGUUGGGGCUCAGGUUGGGGUGAUGAUGACUGAUGACCUAGACCUCACAGAGUUAAGGGAGUUACCCGUGUGUGCUCUUUAUGUUGUGUACUUCCCCAUCACCUCCCACACAUAAUAUGUAUAAUGCAAUGCAUAAUAUUAGAGUACUGUAGAAAAUAAAUAAAUAAAUAAAUAAUUGUGUUACUUUUACAACUAAAAAAUAUAAUAAAAGUUAUACCAUGUCAACAUGCUGCAAGGUCAGUUUUCAUUCUGUGAUAACAAACAUUGUAUUUAGACAUUUAGACUUUGACACAAGUUUGACAUCAACGUCUUCAGAAUAACAUUGAUGACAAAUUGCUGACAGUGCAUACUCUUCUCAUAAUAAAACUGCUGAACUACUCCAUAUUAUUCGUAUUUACGCAACCGAGGAAGCGUUCCACAGCCAUUUUCACGUGGCAGGAGUUUCAGUGAUAAUCUUGAGAGUGGUAAGUUAAGUCUUCUUGCUGAUUAUUCAGUGUAUUUGUCCUUUUUUAAUAUUGUGUGUGUAUUACAUUUAAAAUGUAAUCUUUAAUCCUCUUGAAUUUUUGCAGCUUUUUAUAUUUAUGUGGACAAAGAAUGAAAUCAUUCACCAAUGCUAGAGAAUUAUAUUUCAAAGCAUUUACAAACUUUUGUGACGGCAUUUUAGCUCAUUGUCAUGGUCGCCAAAGAAUGAAUGAGAAAUGCAAAAUCAGAACAAAGUAUUUUAUGGGUAUAAAUAUUUAACUAUUAAAUA